AACAACAGAGGACAAGAACAACAAGGUGCAAACUAUCUAGAAAUGAGAAUUCAGUUUUGCCGUUCUGCGAUUAAGAGAAAUUACUCCUCGUCCCUGCCGAUCGAAUCCUUUCGUCUCCUAUUAUAAUCCAUCCAUCGAAUGAUAUCUCCGACGGGAUCAAAAGAGCAAUCGAUUGAGCUGAGAGAAGAAUGGGCGAGGUGGAGCUGCAGCUCAGCAAGGAGCAGAUCAACGAGUUCCGGGAGGCCUUCAGCCUCUUCGACAAAGAUGGCGACGGGACGAUCACGACUAGGGAGCUCGGGACGGUGAUGCGUUCGAUGGGGCAGAGCCCCACGGAGGCGGAGCUGCAGGACAUGGUCGACGCGGUGGACGCCGACGGCAGCGGCGCCAUCGACUUCCACGAGUUCCUCACCCUCCUCGCCCGCAAGAUGCGCGACGCCGGAGCCGACAACGAGCUCCGCGAGGCCUUCCACGUCUUCGACCAGGACCAGAACGGCUUCAUCUCCCGCAACGAGCUGCGCCACGUCCUGGAGAACCUCGGCGAGCGCCUCUCCGACGAAGAGCUCGCCGAGAUGCUGCGCGAGGCCGACGUCGACGGCGACGGGCAGAUCAACUACACCGAGUUCGCCAAGGUCAUGAUGGCCAAACGAAGAAACCAUAUGAUGGACGACGAGUUCAGUGGAUCUCACUCUCACGGGAACGAAAGCUGCUGCGGCCGCCCCUCCUGUACAAUCCUCUGAAACUCACCCAGCCACCUUAAUUUCUAGCUGACAGCUCCAGAC